AUGACUAAUAUAUUCGCUCGCAUGGAUACCAUCAUUCAAUGUGGUAAACACGAAUUUUAUAAGGUAAAUCCAAACGACGUUGGCACUCUGAAUAAACUUAGCUUUAAAAAUGCAGCUGACAAGCCAAUUAACAUGUUUUAUUACCGUAAACCGUGGGAACGUGUUAAGCCUACCUUAAAUAUGUACAAUAUGCAAUAUCCCAAUUGUAAACAAGGUAUUUAUUCAUUUCGUUCGAAGUUUGUGCCAGCUACACCGCCAUUAACCGAACAAAGAAUCUCUUCUACAGUAAAAAUAAGAAAUGCACCAAACGAUAAUGUUGUACAGGCUGAGAAAAGUGUAGUAUACAGUUAUGACAACAAAAAUCGUUCAUUUAGUCCGGAAUAUUUAGCCCUUAAUUCUGCGCCUGCAAUGCGCAAUUUGUCACACACACAAACAUCUCAGCGUCACGUUGGAGUUCAAUGCACUCGACUGUUACCCAAUAAUCACCACGAUAAUGGACUUCGGUUGGAAGACAUGUCUACACGUCAACAAACAUUUGUAAUCCAACCUGAAUCCUAUCGUUUUGUUGUACACGCUAACCCGCAGCUUGUCUGUACAUAUGAGACUUUGGAUGUUGUUCCUGAAAGGACAAUGUCAAGUCCAAAAUGUCCCGUGCUGAAAGAACAGCGCAACAUUUAUCCACGUUCACCACGACUUGUUACCCUUGACCCUACGGAUGAGCUCGAUUACACGAAAUGCGAAGAAAAACGAGCUGUCUGCUUUCGAAAACCAAAAUAUCAUCAAAGUCCUUGUACUCUAUUGCCGUCAAAGCUUAAAAUGGUUUAUGUUAAAUACGAUGCAUUGAUAUGA